AAAGUUUCAGAUUUUGUUUUGUCAUACCUCAAUUUGUUUUAUUACUAUACAACUUUUAUGCCAUUGGUAAAUAAUAAUAGCAAUAGCAAUAAUAAUAAUAAUAAUAAACAAAUAUAUAUUUAUGGAACCGAAUUCAGAGUUGCUUAUAAUUACGCAAAAGAAAAUAAAUGUACAAUAGUAUUAGGUGAUAGAGAUUCAAGAGUUACAUGGAAAAGAGUUGCAAAUUAUCUAGAUUUAGGAACAAUUUUCAAUGUUUCAAUGCAAACCAUUAAAUCAUAUUUUCAGUUAUAUAACAAGAGUGCUAAAGAAAUUAGAGAAAUUUAUUAUAAAGAAGCAUCCAAAACAAUUAAUGAGCCUUGGGAUAGUGUAGAGUGGAGAAAUUCUUUGCCAUUACCAGCUAAAAAGGGUUUAAUAGACGAAAGAGAUCAAUAUAUGGCCAGUUGCAUAAGAGAUGCUCCAGGUAAAAAAAUUGUAGCUGUUGUUGGCAAGGGUCAUGUUAAAGGUAUUUCUCGACAUAUAAACAGUGAUAUGGAAGGAUUUUAUGUUAGAAGAGAUUUAGAGGAUCAUAUGGAACCAAAUUUUAUAGCUAAAUAUUCUUAUCCAAUCAUUUUAACAUCUCUCUUUUUGACUCCAGCAACAUUAGGCACAUUUGCAAUUAGUAAAUUAAAAAAGAAACCUUUGUCAAAACCUCAAUUCUUUUUGGGUGUAGUUGGUCUUGCUUCAUUAGAAUUGAUAUCAACAAAUUAUUUAGUUAAUAAUUUUUUAAAAAAAUUAGAUACCUUAAAAGACAUUUAAAUAAAUAAAACUUUUUUAAAAU